ACCUGGUGGUGCACACGGGCGCGGGGAUCAGCACAUCUGCGGGCAUACCCGACUUCAGGGGUCCUAAGGGUGUGUGGACGAUGGAGCAGCGUGGGGAGUCUGUGCGUUUCGACACCACGUUUGAGGAGGCGCGUCCCAGCCUCACCCACAUGGCCCUGCUGCAGCUGCAGAGGAGUGGGCGCCUGCAGUACCUCAUCAGCCAGAACGUGGACGGCCUACACAUACGCUCCGGAUUCCCGCGAGAUCGUCUAUCGGAGUUGCAUGGCAACAUGUUUGUGGAGGAGUGUGGAAAGUGUGGCAAGCAGUAUGUACGGGAAAAGGUGAUCGGUGUGAUGGGACUGAAACCCACUGGAUCUUACUGUGAGGUUACCCGCUCACGAGGCCUACGGGCAUGCAGGGGGAAGCUGAUGAGCACCAUACUGGACUGGGAGGACUCGCUGCCAGACCGUGACCUCAACCGAGCUGACGAGGCCUCCAGGCGUGCUGAUGUGGCCAUUACGUUGGGAACGUCUCUUCAGAUUAAACCCAGUAGUGAUCUUCCUCUCAUCACCAAACGCAAGGGAGGCAAACUGGUCCUCAUCAACCUGCAGCCCACCAAAUAUGACAAGCACGCCGACCUGCUUAUCCACGCGUACGUUGACGAGGUCAUGGCUCAGCUGAUGAAGUGCCUGGGGAUGGAGAUCCCCGCGUGGGAGGGGCCAACGCUGUGCGAGACCUCCCCCGGCGACCCGUUUGCCCCGCCCCUCAGCAAACUGAAGACGGAGCUGAAGGAGGAGGAGAAGAAGAAGAAGAGGGGAUCACGGGAGGUAAAGAAAGAAGAGAAGGAUGGAGAGAUGGAGCUAAAGAAAGAGAAGCAGGAUGGAGAGAUGGAGGAAGCCACGGGUGUCAAACGAGAACAGGAAGGCCCGCCCUCAGAGAGCCCUCCAAUGAGGGAACCUGCAACAGUGACUGACAGUGGCUCUGAGCCAAUGAGAACACAAGCUGGCUCUACAAGCGAUUCAAGGUCGGUUAACGGGGCAGAACACGAGCCUUCCUGCCCGGAUCAGCCGUCCGAACCCAAAAAAGCCCGGACUGAGGUUUCUGCUACUUAAACAGACUGAAUCACACACACACACACACACACACACACACACACACACACACACACAGACAGGACAAAC